AGAAAUUACUAGAACCUUACACUCCUUCCGCUAAGGAUACAAAACUUCCGGCUCGUUUUCUUUUCCAGAAAAAACGUCAACAAGAUGGCGGAAUAUUCGUCUGUUCAGAAAGGAGCUUUAAAACUCAAAGGAGCUGGAAAUAUUUCAGCUGGUAAAAAGAAGAAUAAGAAGGACAAGGAGUUAAAGCGUUUGGAAAAGCAGGUGCUGACCACUUCAACAGACGAGGAAACAACCAAGAAGGCUUAUGUUGAUAAAAGAACACCGGCUCAACUCGCCUUCGACAAAAUCCAGGAGAAAAGACAAAUGGAAAGAAUUUUGAACAAAGCCUCCAAGACACAUAAGCGCAGAGUUGAGGAGUUCAACAGACAUCUGGACACACUGACCGAGCAUUAUGAUAUUCCUAAAGUCAGCUGGACCAAAUAACACAGAACUUCUGUGGAUCAUCAGCAGGAUGAUGACAUUCAGCUGUUGUGGAUUUGACAUUUUCUGUGACCUACCAUUUAAAUCAACCGAUAUUUAAAGCCCUGCAGAUCUACAGAGUCUGCAGAUGCUAUGUGUAGAUUUGCUGUCCUCUGUGUUCACUCAGAAGUCAUUUGGAGUUGCCUUUUGUUUUUGCAAGAGAUACAUUAUAUUAUUUCUUAUGUACCUUUUAAUGUAGGUUUCAUUUUGAAAUCUGGAAUUGAAAUGAUUUGUGUGCUGUAUAUGACCACUGGUUUAAGUUCAGUGUUAACUGGUGUUAUAUUGUGAUUAAUGUUGUUAUUACUAAUUUCUUUGGAAACACAAUUAAAGUGACAUAUAAUCGA